AUGGUUAAAGAAUUGUGGCAAACCAAGGCUGAUAAAUGCCGAAAAAUCCUCAAUGACUCGCUCAAUCCCGCAUGGCUCCUCCCCGAGGAUGAGUUACCCACUGCCGAUGUUCUUGACGUCUCUGGGUUCGCCGAAACAUCCAAACUGUUGACUCCGAAGGAGCUAUCUAUCACAAAGCUCACUGCCGCUGAGCUGGUUGCCCAGAUGUCCUCUGGCAGUCUCACCGCCGUGGAGACAGUCACGGCGUUUUUGAAACGCGCACAUCUCGGCCACCAACUACUCAACUUCGCCACUGAAUUCCUCGUAGAGGAGGCACUGGCGCGCGCCGCUGAACUGGAUGCCCACUUCAAAACUACUGGAAAACUCGUCGGCCCGCUUCAUGGAGUUCCAAUCUCUGUGAAAGAGCACAUUGGCCUCAAAGGUCGUAUCUGUCACUCGGCCUACAUAACCUGGACCGAUAAUAUUCCCACGGAAGACGCACUCCUGGUCAGAAUUUUGAAAGCUGCCGGAGCUGUUAUCCAUGUCAGGACCAACGAGCCUCAAAGCCUGAUGCAUGCCGACACCAAUAACGUGAUUUAUGGCCCCACAUGCAACCCUUACAAUCGCAAGCUCACGUCUGGAGGUUCCAGCGGAGGAGAAGGGGCAUCCAUCGGCUUCCGUUGCGCAGCCAUCGGGAUCGGCACCGAUAUUGGAGGCUCCGUUCGCAUUCCCGCGGCGUUUUGCGGUGUCUUUGGACUUCGCACGACAGCUCUCCGAAACCCUUACAAGGGCAUCCUGUUGGCCGGGGAAGGACAAGAAAGUAUUCGCUGUGUUGUUUCACCCUUGACCAACAGUGUCGACGAUAUCAACCUAGUCCAGAAAGUCAUUCUCGAUGCGGAGCCCUGGGACGAGGAAACGUCUUUGUGUCCUCUUCCAUGGAAGAUGAUCAAGCCCUACUCACCUGGGCAGAUCACUGUUGGUAUCAUGUGGGACGAUGGCGUGGCGCACCCACACCCUCCCAUUACCCGUGGCUUACAGUAUGCCAAAUCCAAGCUCGAAGCCGCGGGCGUCAAAGUUGUUGACUUUGAAGCCUACGAGCAUGCGCGCGGGUGGGAUAUCCUGUCGCAGCUCUACUUUCCUGAUGCAGCAAAGACUCAGAAAGAUCUACUCGCCGAGGGAGGCGAACCCGUACUCCCUCUGACCGAGUGGGCAUUCAGCGUGGCCAAACCAGAGCCGAUCAGCGUGACUGACAACUGGGUGCUGAACGCCCGGCGGGAGGCAUAUCGUGAGGACUAUCACCGCGUCAUGAAAGAGCGUGGAGUGGAUUUUAUUAUUUGUCCAGCGGCUCCAGGCGUUGCUGCCGAGUUGAAUAAAGGCAAAUACUGGCUGUACACUUCAAUCUGGAACAUUCUGGAUCAGCCGGCGGUUUCAAUCCCUACUGGACUGAAGGCAGAUCCAAGUAUCGAUCUGGUCGAGGCUGAGUAUAAGCCCCGGUCUGCAGAGGACGAGCGCGAGUACAACAGAUACACCCCUGAACUGUACACUGGCGCACCAAUUGCUUUGCAGGUUGUCGGCAAGCAUUUCCGGGAUGAGGAAGUUGUUGCUGCGGCAGACUUGAUCUCGAAAAUAGUCCAAGGCUAG